AGCAGGGCUCCUCAUGAACAUUGUGACGCUCAAUUUCGCAACCUGUAUAAGCGUUGGCGCCGCAUACAUGCUUCUGAUGGCUGCAAAAGAUGUCUUUACUGAGCCGUUGGCCCAGCUAAAAGGAGAGCUAGCUGGCAAGAGCACGUUGAAAAUUAGGGUUUGGGAAACAUCGAAGUUGCAGAUGCUAGUGAGCUUUAGUCGUGAGCAUCAGACGUAGCUUAGAAGAACCACCGCUGGCAUCAACUCGGAAGGGGCCCGUGAAAGUGAGAGCAUCUGUCUUUCGCAUCUAGCAGCAUCUCUUGCAUAGGCUUAAAGGGAUUGCAGCUCCUUUAGCAUCUCCCACAGAAUACACCCAAUCUUUUGCUGAGAGGGUGUUCAACAUGGCUGGCAAGCUGAACGACCUGCGGACUCCCAGCUUUGGGAGUCCCAGGCUUGACCCUGCUUUCGAGCUCUCAGCUCAAUCAGAGUUUGUGGACGGGUCCACCCUGUACGACUCGCUGAAGCAGCAGCCUCGAAUGCUCUUUAAUUCAGACUCUGACAACCAGUCUCGCGGACGCCUAUCCUCUUUUGCUGGUAGCAGAGACAGGCUUCUCUCCAAGGGCCGGGAGUCUACACCACUGGAGGUGUCUUUCCAGAAUGAUGAUGUCAUUGGGGUUGCUCACAGACCAAAGAGGUUUGCUUCCAAUCGCACGCCGGAGCUGCACGAUACUCAACCGACUCCAACAAGCAAUGUGGCAGAGUCAGAGGCGGAUAUGAUCACGCGCCAGCGGCUGGUUUCACAGAAGUUGCUCGGGAAGAAACCUUCCAAGGGCCCUCCUGGUGUUCAGCAAGAGGCAGGGCAGCUGACUGAGCACCUACUCAGCUCCCAGUCCCCUCCUCCAAGUAAAGCCAGCUUCAGCAAUACGAACUGGCAGGCGGAUCAGAUACUCAUGUCCCAACCAGAGCUGACAUCAGCGCCAGCCACUGGUCCCCAGCCUGCCAGGCAGGAAUUCACACCCGUUGGGCCAGGCGCCUUUUCGCACCCCAACCCUCAGCUGCUCCAGAAUCUGCUCAUGGCUCAGAUGCAGCAACAGCAGUUGCACCCCAUCUACUGGCCAUACCUGCAGGCGCACCAGUACGCACCUGUACACACUAGUCAAUCCAGUACACACCAGUACACGCCUCCUUUUCCUCCCUGGCCCGCACCUUCCGCCCCAACGCACUUCAAUAAUGCAACUAGACCGAGUUUCAAAGCUCCCCCCAACCAACCAGAGACUGAGCUAAGGUCAACAAGCACCACGAAAUGGGAGCCCGCCAGCAAAGAAGGCAACUCGGACACAGGAGAGGAAGGCGCGCCGCUAGAGGCCUUGAGCGAUCUAGUGGCAAAGGAGCGGGCAAGUCAGGAGCUCAUUGCUGAGCUGAGAAGUGCGUUAGAGGAGGAGAGGCAAUCGAAACAGAUUGCGGAGAAUAAGAACAGGGGCCUGGAGGAAGCGCUGGCGGGAGCGAGAUCUAGGGAGCGGGAGCUAGAAGACCAGGUCGUCGAAGCUGUAGACCGGGCCCGUCGGUUCGAGGAGGAGGGCCGCCAAGCAAAGCAUCGGCUCAAGGAGGCAGAGAAAGAACGAGAGGCGGCACGCCGCAAGAUGCAGGACGAUGCAGAGAAGCUGGUGCGCCUGGAGCGGAAGGACGUGCGGCUGGCUGCAGAGAUUGAGGAGAUUCAGGCCCGUGACCAGGCAGAGCUGGAGGCCCUGUUGGAGGAGCGGCGGCGGCUGGAUGGCGACCUAACGGAGCUGCGCAAGCUGCCUGUGGUCACCGAGCUGCUCCGGGAGGACAACGAGGCGCUGCGGGCGCGGCUGCAGCGUGCGGAGAAGGACCGGGCGAAUCUGCAGGAGCUGGUGGGCGGAUUCCGGCAGAGCACAGCGGAACUGGAGCAGGCCAGCAAGCGCGCCAACGGCGAAAACGAGGCCCUGCGCAAGGAGUGCAACAUGCUGAAGCUGCAGAUCGCCUCCAAGGACACUUCAAUCUCGCAAUUACAAGUGGCGCUCUUCGCUGGUCGGGAAGAGCGAACCGACUUGUACCACAAUCUUCGGAAACUAGAGGAGGCGGCGCACGCGAUGGAGGGGUCCGCGGCCCCGAGCCGACGCGGCAGCUUCGGCCUCAAAAGCUACAACCCUCAGGGGGAGUCUUUGUCAGCUGCCAGGCGAUUGGAAGCGUCGUUUGAUAGCCUAUCGUUCGGUCCAGACUCGUUUGACAAGGUUGGACUGGAAACGGGGAGCGAGACACAGGGUGGACCAGCUGAUAUGGGCAGGUUAGGAGGAGAAAGCAGCUCAAUGGCCGCGCCUGAACCGGUUCCGUUGAUCUCCAAGACGGAACGGAAUGCGAACCCGAAGCACCGGGAAAAUGGGCCGGGCCCAGAGACCCUGCCCCCAGCUGGUGUGUUUUCCCCGGUUGGUAGAAACCGGGCGCAGCAACUAGCGGGGGAUGAUAUGCGCCGCAGCCUCACGAUGGACCAGGAAACUGACCGGGGCGCCGUGAGUGGAUCCCGGCAGGCUGAGCGGAUUCCGGCGGGAAGCGAGCGGAGUCCGGCGGCAAGCGGGAAGGUGCCAACGUCAAACGAGAGAGCGGGGCCUGCGAACGCAAGAACAGCAUCGCCCAGCGAGCGGAAUGCGCUGGGAGGUGAACGGAAUGGCGGAAGAGCGGACGGCCCCGACUUCGGUAGAGGUGUGUCCGGCUCGGAGAUGAGGACAAUGGACAGGCGCCACGUGGCAGAGCCUCCGGAGAGCAGCCGCGGACAGGCCCCCACUGUCCGGAAAGAAAGUCCGGACCGUUUCGCCACUCAGUCACGUGACCGCCCGAACAGCCCACAACGGACAGUGACUCCGCCACGAUCGGCCACAGCGGAACGGAUCGUAGCCAGCGGAGCGGAUCGCCGACACGGCCCGGUUGAUUCACCCGAGAGCGAAGUUCUUUCUAGCCAACCUAGCCUGGGGAGUGCGAGGGAUCCCCCUCGGGCGCGCGAAGUUGUGCCGUUCGCGACUGAGCAGUCGUUGCGGGAGGCGAUGGAAGAGACGGCGGCGAUAGAGAGCAAGCUGAUGGAGGUGUCACUCGAACGGAGUCAGCUGGAGUCCGAGUAUGCCAAGCUGCCCCAGUCCGCCGGCCGCACCAUGACGGAACGGCGGCGGAAGCAGGAGUUGGAGGGGCGGAUCGAGGACCUGACCAAGAAGAUCGGCUGGCUUCGGAUGGAGCUUCGGGAGCGCCACGUGUUGCACAACUGAGGAAACGAACCAUGCGAGCAGCACUAGAACGUUAGCCGUUUCGUUCGUUUCAGAACAGCCGGUCCGACCAAGUGGCCUCACUCUCAUUAAAACAUGCGAGGCUUGCAUUGCCUUGAGGCAGGCCCGUGUUGUCUUUGUCGAGGGACCGUCA